CUUGGCUAUCACACCGUCUACGAUCAGAUUUAAACCGCGUAUGUAUCGAUGAAUCAUGGAACAAUAAAAAGAAAUGUAGGUUGAAGAAGCGAUUCCAGCGCGCGCUUCGGCGGAAAUCACGACGUUCGUUUGACAGGAGAACUGAUUCGAGUUCCCGGUGAUAAAAGUGUUUCCCAUUAAAUUUCAUGAUGAUAUCGUAAUCGUAACGAACCUAGAAAGGAAAAAAAAAGGAAAACCUAUCACGGAGUCCCGACCUUCGACGAUGAUAGGUGGUCGUAAGGUAAAGCAUACGACGAGCAAUGAAACCACCACUACGUCCAUGGUCACCGACGGCAUUACCAAUAGGAGUGACAACAAUGUCGUUGUCUCCACUGUACAACCGACCACCACUCAGCAAAAAGUCCGACGGAUUUUCGAGGAGCAGGCCAGGUGGCAAGAAAGCGGCCCACGCAGACGCGCGAAAUGUACAUCGAGUACUGCUUAUUGCGUGGUUAACAACUACAGCAUCGUCGCCUCUAGGGGCGAACUUGCUCGAAAUAACCGUGCCACGAAUGAAACGACGACGACCAGCGUCACCACCAAGAGACGAACAUCGUCAAUCGUAAACGGGAGACUCCACUCCAAGGAAGAAUCCGCUCGGAGUGGCAUUCUCAUCACAGAAGAGGAAUCGAGGAAGCCGAAGGACGUGUCCAAAAACUCAACGAGAUCAGGCGUCUCAAGGAGCAUCCAGCGAGGUAUAAUCAAAUCCACUUCGGUGCCUAAGGAUUUGAAGGAAGGUCUUCCAGUAAGAGAAAGAACGUUGCAACGGGUACCGGAGGAGGGAAUUCUGAAGAGAUCUUCCGCCUUCUUAGCGAGUCUAUCGCAUCAUCCCUCCAGCAAACUCGCCGAGAGGAAUUCGCCGGACGACGAGUUGACCAAGUUCCUCAGAUCGUCGGAUAGUUACGAGCUUCGCGGCUCUUUAUCCUCGAGAUAUACCGAUCUGAAGGGAUACUUCUCGGUUCUGACUAACGACGACGACGCAGAACUGUGUGCUCUGCGACCGUCAUCUAGUGUCCAGACGUUAUCUACGAGCUUCAAGAAGAAGGGUGUCGGAGUAAAGAAAUCGGUUUCCUUUAGCUCCGACACCAGCUUCGAGGAGAAACGCGCGCCAUACCGGAAGUCUGCUGUUCACGAAGCCAAAGUAUAUCGCAAAGGUGUGCUUCAAGAUCACGUACGCAAAGAGACGAUCAAACCAAAAGUGCCGCCCUCGUGGGAAAUACCCUCUGGGGGCCCUACGGCCCUUUUGAGGGCCGCCAGAGAGGCUGACGAUACUGGUCUCAAGGAAAUCGUCACACAGGCUCGGAAAGUAGGUCUGAAAGGCAUGGACGUCAACGUAGUCGACAGUAGCGGCAGGACGGCCAUAAGUUACAUGGCUGGGAACGGUGCAGCGGCGAUGCUUGAGCUGGCGCUCUCUUUUGAAGGUGUGGACCCGAAUUUGCCUGACAAUGAGGGUAAUACACCACUCCAUUUUGCCGCUCAGGCUGGACAGACCGAAUGCCUCAACAUCCUUCUGGAGAGAUGUCCGGAUAUCGAAGUAGACGCUAGAAAUACCUUGGGCUUCACACCGCUCAUGAAAGCCGCCCUUCAAGGUAGAACCAAAUGCGCGAAGAUUCUCUUAUUCGCCGGUGCAAAUCCCACACUACGUGAUCACGGUAGAGGCCUAAGAGCUGAGCAAUGGGCGAGGUUUUGCGGCAGGUACGUAUGCGCCGAGAUGAUUGAAAGGUUCGCGAGACAUCGUCUGUUAGAGAGAACGACGUCCUGUCGUUGGGGUAGCGAGCCCGAGCUCGCUGCGAAAGUAUUACAAGGAAAGGUGACGCCUAUACCUUCAACGCCUUUGCCGCAACCCUCGGGACUAAAGUCGAAAAUAAGAAAAGUCUUCCGCACCACCUCCAGCCCUGAUCGAACCUUCUCUCUGGUGUCACAGCUCACCAGUGCGGCUCUGUGCGCGAGCAGUCCGGCUUUGCCGAAGCCGUCACCUGUUGUGAAAAGUCUUCUGCGACCGUUGAGCGUGCCCCAAUUAAGGGUGACGUUGGUUUCGCAGCAGGAUUUUCUGGAGAAAACGUCUGAAAAGUACGGGACAAAUUUUACGGAUAAGAUCGAGAACUCCAUGGCAAAGCCGCCACGCUCGAAGAAGAAGAGCAAGUAGUCGAAUGUAAAGCUUUCGCGAUUAAAAUUACGGGCCGCGUUUAGUCGUCCGUUUGGCAUUGAACACACGCGAGUGGAGAUUGAAAGGUUUAAUCGAGUCUGUUUGACAUAAAGCAGCGAGAUGGACAGAGUAUUUAUGAUCCAUUUGAGAUCAUUUACAUAUUAUCCGAUUCCGCUGUUGCCUGGCCGAUCGUUCGGAGCCGCGGUGCUUCAAGUAGAUCGUAGGUUGUUCGUUUUUACCUCGCCAAAAAAUAUUAGCGAUGCAUUUCACCCGAAAGGACGUUUUGCGAGAUCAAAAGGGAGGACCUUCGAAACUUCGAUCGUUCCCGAUUCAACCACGAUCCAGUCGGCAGCUGCCGUUGAAGUUAUGUUUAUAGUCCUCGUAUUCGAGAUUGUUUUCGAUGUAAACAGCCGCCAUGGUCGGACGCAUAAACAUUGGAACGGUCGAAUCUUAUUUUUAGUUUAGAUUUAUAAUGGAUUGCGCGCGAGAUGUGACGAAACAAGGUUUGCUGCGUGCGCGCAAAGGCGAUUUAGAGAUAGAAGAUCGCAAAGUUACAAUCGAGAGAUCGCGUUAAUCGUGAUAGUGAAAGUUACCUCUUUCCCAACCUCGGUAAAUGGAAUCUCGAUUUUUUCCAGGAAACGUGAAUGUGUAAUACUCGUAUCAGACUAGAAAUUGAAAUUAUGAUUGGAUUGGGUUUUAACUAAUUAGAAGAAAGAAAAUUAUAUCAAGUUUAGUGAACUUUGUUUUGAUUGAUCAAAUUUUAAUUCAAUCUUAAUCUCUAAUCUGAUAUGAGCUUAACUUGAAGCACGCGCCGAAGCGAAGCUUCAGGGGUUUCUUACCGAUUAAAGUUAAAGAUAAUCGAAUGGACUUGCGAUUAAUGUGUCGCAGGCCUCCCCCUAACUUAUAAUACAUGCGUUUUACGUACAAGAUUUUAUAUCGAUGCAGUUACUGUCAGAUGGUUGUUUAAAUAAAUGUCUUAUUAAUCUUA